CAGCCCGCCCGCCCGCUGCCUGUGCCGCGGGGCCCCACCCGGCCUGCGCCGCCCGCCGCGGCCUCCAGCCGCCGCCGCCAUGAGGCUCACCGACGGCGUGCUGCGGAGCUUCCGUGUCGCCAAGGUGUUCCGUGAGAACUCAGAUAAGAUUAACUCCUUGGAUUUCAGCCCUAACGGCGAGACGGUUAUCUCGAGCAGCGACGACGACUCCAUCGUGCUCUAUGACUGUCAGGAGGGCAAACCAAAGAGGACCCUGUACAGUAAGAAAUACGGUGCGGACCUCAUCAGAUACACUCAUGCUGCGAGCACCGUUGUUUACAGCUCCAACAAAAUAGACGAUACUAUUCGUUACCUGUCUUUACACGACAACAAAUACAUCAGAUACUUUCCUGGACAUAACAAAAGGGUGGUGGCCUUGUCCAUGUCACCUGUGGAUGACACUUUCCUUUCUGGGUCUCUCGAUAAGACCAUUCGACGCUGGGAUCUCCGGUCUCCUAACUGCCAGGGCCUCAUACAUCAACAGGGCAAGCCCGUUUUUUCUUUUGAUCCAGAAGGGUUAAUUUUUGCCGCAGGUGUCAACUCUGAAAUGGUCAAACUUUAUGACCUUCGUUCUUUUGAUAAGGGGCCAUUUGCAACCUUUAAGAUGCAGUAUGAUCGGACUUGUGAGUGGACAGGGCUUAAGUUCAGCAAUGAUGGCAAGCUCAUCCUCAUCUCCACCAAUGGCAGCUUUAUUCGUCUUAUUGAUGCAUUUAAGGGAGUGGUGGUGCACACGCUUGGGGGUUAUGCUAACAGCAAAGCUGUCACACUGGAGGCUUCAUUUACUCCAAACUCUCAGUUUAUUAUGAUUGGUUCAGACGACGGCAAGAUCCAUGUAUGGAAUGUAGAGAGCGGUAUAAAAGUAGCUGUUUUGGAUGGUAAACACACAGGACCCAUUACCUGUUUGCAGUUCAACCCCAAGUACAUGACCUUUGCCAGUGCAUGUUCCAACAUGGCCUUCUGGUUGCCCACCAUUGAUGACUGACCCUGAUGCUUCUCAGCUGUUUCUGUACAGCUAUUUUCUUCUCAGCAGAAGAAAAGUCAGAGGGGACUGAGAUAAUAGUGGGAUUGGAUUGUUUGAUUGGGUUGGAGAACAUCCUUUUACAUGGCCUUCCCAUGGAUGUGCUGUGCAUCUGCUCAAAAAAAGUGACUUUGCUGACCUUCGGAAGGAUUCUUGAUGCAGCAGACUCAAUUGGAACUUAAGAUUUUUAGCCGUCACUGCACCAAGCUUCUCCCAGACUUGCGAUUAGGGUAUAGUGGGACUCUCAAGACACCUUCAAUUUUGAAUGUAUUUGCUGCUGAAGAGCCAGUGAAGUCAUCUGUUCUGCACGUCUCUUCUCCACUCCCAUAAAUGCAUGGGGAGCCACAGUCUUGGUUUUGGGAUGCUAGGGCAGCUUAGGGCCCCCUGCCCUCACCCUGCAUGUGUUGUACUGGGUCUCCCUGUGCAAUUGUGGCAUUGUUCCCCAGCCAUUAUGUGUCUUAGAUGCUAAACAUGUACAGAAAUAAGUCUUCAUAUAUUUUGGGGUCAGAGAAAGGGACAGAUAGAGAAGGACCUUGCUUGUCAGGAAGCCAUGCAGUUAGUUCUGUGAGGGUAGGUAGGUGAUCUGGGCAGGCAUCAGGCUCUGGGUGUUGGGUGGAAAAGAGCUCAUGAGCCUGAAAGGGAGGAAGGAGGUAGCAGGUGAGUUCUUGUGCAGUACCCUGUCAUCAAGACAGACCCAUGGUUCUCCUGGGUGCCUGCUGAGCUUGGUUUAUACAAAAGCAGGUGGGAGUCUUUUUUUGUACAUGAGAUACAUCACGCUUUCCUGUGGGCCAGUACUGUGAAGUGAGUCUGAGUUGUUUACACCGAUGCCUUCCCUGCCGACCACAAGUUGUGUACAUAGUCUCCAGAUGAUACCACCCUUUUUCCCAGCUCCCAACCAUGAGCUGGUUCUAGGCCUGUGUUAUAUGUUAUAUUUAGCCUUUUUAUAUAUGACCUUUGAUUUCUGUUGUUUGUAAUUUUAAAAGGUGUGGGCACCUUCAUUUAAAUAUAUCUGCAUACGCACAUGCAUAUAGGUGUAUGUAUGCAUAUAUAUUCAUAUACAUAUGUGUGUGUGUAUAUAUAUAUAUCUCAUCUGUAGUUUCCGAGGGUUUUGCUAAAGGAGAUGAGAGUCCUACAGCCCAGGAGAAAGAUUGCAUCCUUGCUAAUAGUGUUUGCCACAGUGUUAGAGUGUUAGUGAGUCUUCCUUAUUACCAUUUGCUCUUCGGGAGACUGAAUGAAGAAGCAAAGCUUCUAGUGUUUGCUAUUUCCAUGGCAGCUAAGUGAGGGUCUUGGGAUGAGUCCCUGGCUU